UAAUUGAUCGAAUCGCUCGUAUUAUCAUCAAAAUGUUACUAAUUUGAUUUGUUAUUUUAAAAGUUACAUGUGUUUUGGAUUUCAUCAAUCAACUUAUUGAUAAACCUUAUCCACACCUAUUACCCGAUUUUUGAUACUGAUACGUAAUUAGAAGAUGAUAAAUUUAUAUUGUUUACCUCGGUAUAUAAUCGUUGCAUCCGUGAGGUUUGCUUCUCGGAGGCAUCGUAUGAUUUACACGAGUGGUAAUAUUUCGGGAGUAUUUAUAAGACGGUGCGCGUUCGAAGCGGACAGUGUGUGACGAUGUCGCGGUAUGUGAUUAGCGUAAUUACUGUUCUCUGUGUGGCUUUCGGCCAUGUGAGCACUCGAUCGACAGAAUGUGACGUCCAAACUCGCAUCGAGACCGGUUUGAUUUGCGGCAGCCGACGCUGGGCGGGAGGCAACACGGUCUACGCCAGCUUUAGGGGAGUGCCCUACGCUAAACAGCCGCUGGGAGAACUUCGAUUCAAGGAGCUGCAGUCGGCGGAGCCAUGGGAUGGCUAUUUAGACACAUUAGUAGAAGGUCCAAUCUGCCCUCAGCACGAUGUGCUAUACGGUAGAUUGAUGCAGCCCAGAAAUAUGAGCGAAGCCUGCAUCCACGCUAAUAUUCACGUGCCCAUCCAUGCGCUGCCGGGUCCUUACCAGCAGAAAGCGAAUCUACCUGUCUUUGUCUUCGUGCACGGAGGCGGCCUCGCAUUCGGCUCAGGGGACAGUGAUCUCCACGGCCCGGAAUAUCUCGUGCAACGAGAGAUGAUUGUCAUCACUUUUAAUUAUAGGAUAAAUGUGUUCGGCUACCUUUCCCUGAAUUCACCAAGUAUUCCGGGUAACAACGGCCUUCGUGAUAUAAUUACUCUACUUCGCUGGGUGAAAGCAAAUGCUAAAAGCUUCGGUGGAGACCCAGAAGACAUUACCCUAGGCGGACAAAGUGCUGGGGCACUCAAUGUUCACCUCCUGACCCUGUCCAAAGCCGCUGAAGGGCUAUUUAACAGAGCAAUACUGAUGAGUGGGACGGCUAUAUCUAGCUUUUACACCAGUUCACCUCUCUACGCUCAGUUCGUGGCAAACCGGUUUCUUACUCAGCUCGGCAUCAACACAACAGACGCAGAAGAAGCUCAUCAUCAACUGACACAAUUGCCCAUAGAACAGAUCAUGCAAGCUAAUAAGUUAGUACAGGACCAAAUUGGGCUCACCGUAUUCUUUCCGGUAGUAGAAAAUACUUUCCCGGGAGUCAAUACAAUCAUCGACGACGAUCCAGCAGUGCUGUUGGCCAAAGGCGUCGGAAAAGAUUUGCCAUUAUUGGUCGGAUUUACCAGUGCUGAAUGUGAAACAUUCCGACCGAAUUUCGACAAUUUAGACAUGCUGGCUCGAAUACAAGAGAAUCCAGUCAUGAUGCUACCUAUUGAUUUGAUAUACAAACUUCCACCAAAAGUAACGUUAGCCUCGGCACAAAAACUGGAAAAACGAUACUUCAAUAAUGCACCGACGAUGGAUAAAUAUAUAAACGCUUGCUCGGAUAUGUAUUACGUCUAUCCCGCGUUACAAUUGGCGAAAAUGAGGAUGUCGACGGUCGAUGCAGCGGCCAUGUUUCUCUACCAAUUCUCGUAUAAUGCAGCGUUUGACGUCAUCGAGAAAGUGAAGGGAAUCCGGUUCGAUGGGGCAGCUCACAUAGAAGAUCUGACAUUUAUUUUCAGGACAAAUUCAUUGCAAAACUGGCCAGGUUUCACCCCGCCGGCAAAUGAGGACCGGACAAUAUCUGUGUGGAUGACAAACUUCGUACAAAACUUUAUGAAUUGCAAUGAACCCAUUUGCGAAGGCUAUCAUGUAUGGCCGUCGGUCAACCAACGAUCCAGCAUCCAUUACCAGAACAUUCAACACCCACAAUUAUAUAGAUACGAGAAGAUCACUCAGGCCCAACUCGAUUUGAUGCAAUUUUUUGAAGAACUGCAUAAUCAGACCCAAACUUAAUGUAUUUUCAGUGUUAUGUGUGUGAUAACUAAUUUAUUCUAGCUUAGAGUUAAAGUUUACUUAUAGAUGCCUAAUCUACACGAAUUGUUCAAUAUCAACACAUCAUUUGAUCGUGUUUCGUCAUCAGAUUAUAAAAUGAAUCCAUUUGAGAAACCUUUGGAAGGGGAAAUCGCCACAUAUAUAAGAGCUUUCAUGCACGAAGUUUAAUAUGAAGUGCCUUUAUACGUGGCACCUAUAGAAUAAUAUAUAUUUAUUAAAAUGAGAGUUGGCAACGUUAUGCUGAUCGACAAAUACAAAGAAUAAAUUAAAUUAGGGCUUAGUCCAUAAAACACGCAUUGUACAAAAUUUUGAUCUCUUUUAUAUAAUCAUUUCAUAAUAAUAAAUGAUUAUCGAACUAAUAAUUUUCAUAUAUGAAACCCAAUUUGUGUUUAUCACAGUUGCCUAUUGGCAAUGGGAAGAAAUUAUCAUCAAGUGAUGAUUAUUAAUGAUGUAUCUAUUACAAAUUUACUUAGUUAAUGUGUCUCGAAAUGUGAUAAAUGAUGAUUCAAUUAUAAUUAUUAUUGUAAGUAGUUGUUACUUGUUACCUUCGAGUGACAUUGCAGUGUUUGUGACAGUUUGUUGUCACAGUGUAAUAAUAAUUCCGAAUUAUUACAGAUCAUGAAAGUAUUAAGUAAAAUUGUUGGUUUAUUUAUUAUAAAACAACAAAUUUUCUUCAUAAUAUUAGCGCGUCACCAUAACAAAUAAUUAAGUAUUACAACAUAUUGACAAUC